AUGAAGCUUCUUUCUGCUUUUCUUGCCCUUGGGGAGGCAUCGAAGAUUCCUUCCAAUUCCUUCAACGCGGUAGAAAUCUUCCAAAAGGUAAAAAAUGACCACGGAAUCACCGGCGAUCUCCCUUCCCGAAGUGCCGAAAGAAACUUUCAACAUGCGAAAGGAACUGUCAAAGCAAACACUUCCCCAGAAAAGGCUCUCCAGUUUUGCCAGGAGCACACGGGUGCGAGUGACGCUACGGUCUCUCUUCUCGGCGAAGGAGGCCAGGGCGUCGUCUACAACUGCUCGUCUGCUUCCCUCAACUUCGAAGCAGCGGAGAAGCUCUACAGAUAUCCGACAACGCUGGACAAGGAACGGAUGCGAAUCGUGGACAAAGCGAUGUCAGACUCGGGCAACGGGCCGAUCUUCUUUGGCUCCAUCGAAGAGACCGUCCCUCCCGCCUACGUGAACUUCUACGAGCUUCUUUACGGAGACUCAAUCGACAAAAUAGACGAACUCCGACCUAGCGACAUCGACGUCUACCGCGCUGCAGCAAAGCGCUUCGCUUCAAUGCACAUCAUCAGCGAAGAAGAGUGUCCAAGGCCGAUCACAAACUGCUACCACGCCUGGCCCUGGAACACAAGAGCGAUCAGAUCUCACUACGAAACAGCUACUGAUCCCGCAAAGGAAUGGGUCGAGGAGCGAAUCGGGCAGUUUCCAGUUCAGGGCGAGUUCCUCAACAUCAGUUCAGCCGAGGGCCUGAUCGACUUCAUGUACGAUGUCCAGUGGGGCACCAUUUCGCCGACCGUUUGGUGCCACAACGACGCCCACGACGGAAACGUGUUCAUCCGCGACGCUCCAGAAGGAACAUCGAUGGAGGAAAGACUGAUGCUGAUUGACUACGAUAACUCAGAAUUCGGCACUCGAGCUUUCGACCUCGCCUACUACAUCAUUCGCUUCUACGAGAGAUUCAACAAGGACAUUUACGAAGACUUCUUGAACAUGUACUUGCGGGAGUACAACAGAAUCAGCGGAGUCCGCCAAUUUUCAAUCAAAGAGCUUGAGCAAGAAAUGACCUGCGUCUGGCCAUAUCUUUUCAUGGAGCAGUCCGUGUUCUACCGCUCAAUCGGCGUCGACGAGGACUUCUGCAACUUCAUGUUCGACGUGAUGCGAGCAAUGCUAGACGAAUACGCGAAUGGGAAAGCAAGCUGCCCCUGGACCGGCCGAUACAGCGAGUUUCCGAAGUGCAAGCCGCCGGCAUAA